AGAAGCGGCGGAGAGUGCAAAUCUUGUUUGGUCUGGGUCUGUGAACUAAAGCGUGACUUUAACGACGUAUUAGGGGUUAAAAGAACGAGCGAGAAAUAAAAGUGCCAUUUGCACCAUGCAUCAGUUCCUUUGAACUGUUGAAAUAAGGCGCUAAGAGAAAGCAUAAUUGUUUCCCAUCUUCGUCAGAUAUUAAAAUGCUCCAAGCCAGACUGGCUUACGCCCCUUUGUGCAUGUAUUAUUAAACUUUAACGUGGACAAAUCUACAUAUGUAUCGUUUAUUGUGUGUAGGCUAUUAAUACAUCGAUGCCCUUUUUACUUUCAGGACGUAAAGAAACUUAAAACUGGAGUUGACGGGGAAAUAAACAUAUCGGAGUUGCCAUAUAGGUGUAUUUUAAGGACACUCUUUGAAUGCACUGAAGAGGAUAAACAAUCAUUAAACAAUCAUGUUAUCCGUUCAUAUCUGUUGGAGAUGUCAGGUGUUAGUCCGAUUAGAUGUGGUGGGCAGGAGCGCGGGGAGACCCGUCAUGCGAGCAGUGCACUGAGGAGAAGGGCUAUAGAGAAGACUGAAGUGUUGAAUGGCAAUCUGUCGCUGAACACACGCGAUCUCCUGUCAGCCAGCGACGCGGGAGACGCGCGUCAAUCGCCCCGGCGCGCUUGGAAGUCUUAAACUCGUCAACUCCGUAAAGACGGACAUAAGUUUGGACGCGCGAACUGCUAAUCGCUCGUUACCGGUGCGCUGCGCUUUGGAUAACAUGCCUGCCAUCAAAAAGGAGAGAUUGGAUGGAGAAGACAUGGCAUUAGCCGCCUUCAACCAGUCCGAAUACCUGGCCCCUUUAAAUGCCACCGCUAUCCCCGUGGUGACCCCUCAUCCGCCGCCGUACGACCACAUUUUCGCCCAUCAUCACCGCGCGUACUUGGAUCUUCACGACCGCGCGCUGCAUCAACAGCACCUUCACCAUCACCCGGACGAUUUCAUGCUGGAGAGAUUCUCAUCUAUACCGGACUUUCAGCCGUUUUUCGAUAACGGGGAGCCUUGUAUCGAAGUGGAGUGCGGGGAAAACAAGGCAUUACUUUACAUUAACAAACUGUGCCAGGGCAGCAAAGGACCUUCCAUCAAAUACCGGGGUGAGUGGCUCACCCCAAACGAGUUCCAGUUUGUGAGUGGAAGAGAAACAGCCAAAGACUGGAAACGAAGUAUAAGGCACAAAGGGAAAAGUCUGAAGACACUUAUGUCCAAAGGGAUCUUACAGGUACACCCUCCAAUCUGCGACUGUCCUGGCUGUAGGAUUUCAUCUCCUGUGAACCGUGGGCGACUGGCAGAGAAACGCACCAUCCCCUUGCCGCCAACACGGGUGCCCAAAAAGGAGCUGGCCUCGGUUUUCAGCAGUGACGACAGCGAGGGCAGUGAGAGGGCCAGCGGAGAUCAUGCAGACAUCAAACAGGAGGAUCUGCACUACACUAUCAUGAGAAAGAGUCGUGACAGUGACCUCUCCACAAUCAUCUCGAAUCUGCACCACACCCGACAGCACGGCAUGCCCGAGGGCCAGCCCUGCUCCGACCUCAACCUCGCCUCUGCACACUCAGAUGACAUUCUAGGCAAGAGGAGAGCCUACUCCCCCAACAGCAGCAGCGAGUGCCCAUCUGACAGCAAGAAGUCCCGCAGCGUCUCUCCUAAAGAGAACUCCCACACGCCAGCGCUGGAGCCGGGCAGUCACAUGACCCCCGAGGAACACUACCGGCGAAUGAUGUCAGCGCUGAACGAGCACAAUUCUUACGAGGAGCAGCAGCAGCGCCUAUACCAACUGGCUAACAACAUGGGUGUCCCUAGCCACGAGCUGCUGCGUGUGCGUCAGGAAGCCAUGGCUGCCAUCAGAAACCCGGGAGGGAUGGAGGCCCACGUUCCCACUGCAGGCAAUUCCUCCAGUCAGCGACGCAAACAGGGUCUGCCACAACACAGAGACGCACACUUCCCUGAGCGAGACAUAUCGCACCCUCCUCCAUUGCUGUCCCCGCAGAAUGCUCCUCACAUCGCCCUAGGGCCUCACCUGCGUCCUCCAUUCCUGGGCAUGCCUUCUGCCCUCUGCCAAACCCCAGGCUAUGGAUUCCUGCAGCCGGCUCAAGCAGAGAUGUUCGCCCGUCAACAGGAGAUUCUUCGUAAACAGAACCUUGCUAGGUUGGAAAUGUCUGCUGAGCUGUUAAGGCAGAAGGAGUUGGAGAACCUCCACAGGCAGCGACUGCUGGCGGACCCGCUGGGCCUGCAUCCCGGGCUCCCCGCAGAACACCCUGCCCUGCGCAGCCUGCAGGAAAUCCCAGAGGGCCACCCGCUCCGAGAGGAGCUCAAUCGUCGCAACGCCAUGCUGGUUUUACGCCACCACAACACCCCGUUGCUUUCGCUCAACCACCAGGGGGCAGCAGCGGGCACUUCCUCUAAAGAACUUAACAACAGGAAGAGCUUGAGGAAAGGAAUGUCACUCCGGGGGGACCAACAAGGGGGUUCGUCUGAUACUAAAGAGAUGCUCGGAGAAGGCUCACGAGAUGAAGAAACAGAGGGAAUCGACGAAGACAUGAAAGACUCUGAAAAUCACGCAGACGUUGAAGACGACCGUCCGGAGAGGAUUUCCAAAGUGGACGCUCACGGUCUCACUUCAGAGGUGUGCCAAGGCAAAGAUGUGACCAAGGCUAGUGAAGGGGUGAAAGAGCUGGGUGAGGGGUCGGGAAGGCUCAGCGCUCCUUGUAGCUCCAUCGGACCAGAGUCGCCAACCCACCACCUCUUCACAUCAGGACUGAGCAAAAGUGAGACCAAGUACAUCCCACCAGGAACGAUACCACCCUUACCCACGCUGCCCGGACAAACGCUGCCCUUCGCCUUUCCGUACACCAGUUCUUAUUUUCACACAGGCGCCAUGGGAGGUCUUUUCGUGGACGGAGAAGAGACGGGUGCAGCCGAGGACAUCAGCAAGUGGAGUGUGGAGGAGGUGUGCAGCUUCAUCAGCAGCCUAGCGGGCUGUGGGGAGUACACACAGGUGUUCAGAGAGCAGGCCAUUGACGGUGAGACUCUGCCACUACUGACUGAGGACCAUUUACUUAACAACAUGGGUUUAAAAUUGGGGCCUGCACUCAAGAUCCGCUCUCAGGUGGCGCGACGUAUUGGCAGAAUAUUCUACAUGACCAGCUUCCCGCUGGCCCUCCCGCUGCCACCAUCUGCUCUACGCCCCCCAGACAGAGACCCCCUGCCCGCCGAGACCCGCCCUCCUUCUACCGGCAGCACUUCCUCCCCAUUCAGCGUGCACCCUCCCGCCUGCCGAACCUCCCCGAAGCAGGAGAACGGAAACCCCUCGUCAGCAGGAGCCUACGACUCCACUAAACCUCCCUCGUAGAAUCGGCCAUUAAAACUCGUGACUGCUUCUCCAUAUGGCAGAGGCAGCGCUCCAGGGAGGAGGUAAAGAUGGAGAGGGCAAGAAGGGGUCCCUCUUUGAACUAUUCUUUCCUUCCUCUUACACCCCCCAACCCUUCACAACCCCUCCCGAAAUAAAAAAACAAACUAGAGGACCUUUACGCAGAGGCACUUAAUGUUUUUAAGGAAAAGUGUGGAGAAAAGAUGAGAGAAGUUUGGGCUGAAAGAACUCCGCCCUGCGCAGGGGCUGCGAGGAAGCCAAAAAUCCAAAGAUGUGCAAAUAGGGACUUGGGGACGAGACAGGAAGCGUUAGUGUGCGAGAGAAAAGACAGCUGCUCUUAAACGGCGUGCCAGAAGGUAGGAGGAAACGAGAAGCGUGCAGCUAGCGCACGAGGUACACGUACGACAUUCUUUUGUGGCAGACGUUGUAGUUAAGCAUCCUUCGCUGAAAUGAACUCUUGCGGUACCCAGCGUGGGGAACACUGAAAGACUCUUUCCUGCUUUCACAGUUGUUGUUCCAAAUUCUCUGGAGUUGGUUUAGUUCUGGCUAAAUCCCCCAAAGAGGAGUAAAUGUAAGAGCAGGAUGGGACUCAUCCGCAGUCUUGACCAGUGCAACUAUGCAUUCCACAGUCCAAAACCAAAGACGGAUGGAUGUGGAAUUUUCAACCGAGAUCUAACAUCGGUGGUAAAACAAGGUACGUGGAUACAGGACCCUGUGGAGGAGGUGGGAUCAGAAAUGACCUCAAAAGAUGGAAAGCACUUAAACUUCCUGUGACCAAAAGCCAUCAGCCAAAGCAAUGGCCACAAACGUCUGGGCCGAUUUUAGUUUCACUACCCCUAAAAAAAAUUAAAAAAAAGACGUGAGCGUUGGUGAAAUAUGUACAUCCAUCCAUAAAUGGAUUUAUGCCAUUGUGAGGUCACAAUAACUGCUGUGGGAAAGACAUGUUAUCCUGAAUUGUACAGAAACAUGCUCAAGAUGAGAAUAUACUGAAGAUGAAAUAAGUGGUACGUUUUGUUAUAUGUAGUUGCACGAGUUUAAAUCUUUAUUACUGAGCAAAAUGUGACUGGCUGACUGACUUGGUGGUACUUUUGUUCAACUUUUCUGUUUGCUGUGUAUUCCAGUUGUAAUAACCAUAAGCCCCGCUCUUUAAAGCCACUUCAGCAUAUAAAUGAGGAAAAUAAUAUUUAUAGGAAUUCGUUUGCUGUCGUUCGAGCGACGAAAUAUUUGAUCCCAAAGAACAACACUUUUCUCUUUGUUGCAGGGAAACGGAAGGCACAAUGCUCUUUAUGCAAAACUUUGAAAUUGUUUUUCUUUUUCAAUAUGUAAGCAAUUAAUUAAAAAUCGUCUCUAGAUUUCCCAUCAAUGUUUUGUCUCCAUCCUAUUUUUCUAUUCUCUGCUGGGUGAAAUAAAUCCUAUUGAAAACCUACAGAUGCUCGUCGCUCC